CAUUUUUCCCUAAUUCAAUAGGUUAUAAAACCAUUUGCACUACACCACGCACUCACACCGUUGUAUUUAUGCAGAAUAAAAACUAACAAACAAAAAAAUAUAAAAAGAAAAGAAAAACGUGGGGGCCAAAAAUGUGCUGGUUUAACCAUACAUAUUAAGAAAAACCCUUCAUGCAUUUGCAGGCUGCAGCUUACAUCUCCCCUCUCUCUUCUCUCUCCCAUGGCUGCCGCCAAAAAAGAGAGAAAAAAAGGAAACAGAAGUAGCUUCCUCUGCUCCUUCGCUGCCUGCUUCGGUAUUUCCAAUAAAGUCUCCGCUGAUCACAGCGACAGAAAAUCGCUCUCCGACCGCCACUCGAGAGCUGCUCCUCCGGUCAACGAUCAAUAUACCGCCGUGCCUCUGCCGGAGAUCCUGAAGAGUAGAGAAAUCGAUGUUGUGGAACAAGAUGAGGAGGAGGAGGAGCAGGAGAAGAAGAUCGCAUAUCCAUCUCCAGAUCAACUAAUUACCGCUAAUAAGAGGCGCGAAAACAGAGACGAAUUGAAAGCGACAACCACGAGUUCGAUAUUAAAGCGGACGGAUAAUCAACGCAAGCUGGUUUCUAUGCCGAUUAUACAUCAGAGGAAGCAGAAAGCGGCGGCGGUGGUUGACUCGACGGUUGGAGCGGUGAUCGUAUCGGUGACUCUGGUGGUGAUGAUAAUUUGGGGGAAAGUUUGGGCGAUUGUGUGCGCGGCAGCAUGGUUUUACUUCGUGCCGCGAUUUAGGCCGAAGAUGGACGAAUCGUACGCCGUUAAAUUCAGAAGCGGUGAAAGCGAGGGCGUUGAUUUUGAUUCGUGGGAGUAUAAGAAAAGGGUUGUUUUGCAAGGUUUGCUCCAUCGGAAUCAACACCUAUGACACAUCUAGAUGGAGGGGAGGACCUUAUAUUUGUUAAAAUGGGUGAUUGUUAAUUUAGGUAAGUAUGGUUCAUUGCUUAAUACUUAAUAUUAAUAGUAUGUGAUUUUUCACUUGUUUGAAAUUUUAGUAGUAUAUUUUAUAAACGUAGUGAUCAUAGUAAUAUUUUUCUUUAAUUUAUUGCAAAAUCAACACUUCUAAUUUGUUUGGUCACUAGAUAAUUUACAUUGCAUUUAUGAUCGGAGCUUAUCUGCUUAUGUGACUAAUAAGCGCUUACACACCUCAAUAUUUUAACAGGUAUUGGCGCCUCAUAUCAUUAUCUUUUCAAAAAUUUAUUCAUUUUCACAAACUUUAAAUUGGAUAUAUAAUAUCACAAACUUAACUUAAAUAGUCGUUGAAUUUUUCAUCGGCGGCGGAAUCCGGCUAGAUCUCGUUUGUCAUAAAAUCAUUGUUGGGGGAAUGACUGGAAUUACAAGAGAUAAACAAAAACCGGGCGUAAUACAACCCAAGAAGGAAGAACAGAACUGAAAAUACAAUGAAAACAAUGAAAUCAAACUUAGCCGAGUCGAGGAAAGUCCUCUUUCCGCAAGACGAGAUACGCCCCGGUAGUGCUCUCGGUUUGGCGUGUUGUCCCCAAAGAUAAAACGGCAACGUCUCUGGUGAAGCAGCACCGCUAUCAGCAGAGCUCCGGCGAACUGGAAGAGGAGAGGGCAGGGCUUCGGGAAGAAAAGACUAUGCAGAGAGAGUAUGAUGCUUUGUGUGUAUGUUCUGUCUUGAUGCAAGAAAUGACUAGCAGAUUUAUAGGGCCUAGUCCACUGCAGGGGUCAACUCAGCCUUGAUGGCUGUCAUCAGGGCUCAUCAUGCCGAGGUUGUAAUGGCUGGCCGUUACGGAUUUGAAAGCUGGAGAGGUUGACGAUGAAUCUAGACGCGAUACAUGCCCAAUUCAUCCGUCACACGUGGACUUCGUUACAUGGCAGCCUCGUAGACUUUGAUUGCGUCAUAGUUGACGAUAUGUCAUGCCACUAGUCUCGCUGACUAAGCGUUGGUCCAAAAAUUAAGUUUGGGCCCAAGCACCAAGCACCAAGCCCAAAGACCAAUUGCCAAGAUCCAAGCCCAAGGGUGCGGGCACGGCUCGGCGCGUGUGCGCGCGCGUGUGGGCUUCUUCAACCCAUCUUAGUCCACUAUAAUUAUUAAGUGUAGUAAAGUCACUUAAUAAAUACUACACAUUAAAAGAUGUGUCUAAUCUCCUAUGUGGGAUAAUUAACACUAGUUAAUUACUCCCUAAGCUUUAAUCUCAUAGUUUUAUUAAAAGCUACAAUGUGACCAACUUUAUUCCACUUUUUCUCACUCACCGGGAAUCGGAUUUGAGAAAGUGAAUAUACUAUGAUCAUCUACGCGGAACAUAGAUCGACGCUA